AUGCUAGUUGCACCAUCGUCGCAAAAGCCAAACGAGAAGCACGCAGAUCUUGGCUGCGCCCACCUCGCAACGCCAACGCCCAACCGUCCCAGACAUGUCCACGGUAUCAGCAAACAUUCCGGGCGCCAAUUGGACUUGUUGGACACCUUUGAACCAACUGCAGCACUCAGACCGCACCAUCCGUCGUCUCUAUGUCCACCUCUCCCUCGCCUCCUACGCCGCCAACUAAUUCUGGCUGCCCUCCCCAACCACCACUUCCAUCCUCCUCCCUCUCCCCCCUACUGUCUCAACGUCUGUCGCUAUGGCGUCUGCCACGCACACCAGCAUUACACACAAACAAACACCAACAACACCACCGUCGACGCUAGUGGUGGGGGUCUGGUCUGUAUCUGUCCUCAGUGUAACCGCGCCUUCACCUCACACGUCCGCCCGGUCGUUCACUUGCGAACCCAUCGCACAGAGGCUGGCGAACCAGUGCCUGGAGCACCAACCUACACCUGCCGCAUUCGCUCCGCUGUCCACAUUGCCCUCACAUAUUCCUGA